CAUGUGGAAGCCAUUAUUCAACCUUCAGCGUCUCGAGCUGGAAAGUUGCCCAUAGUGCGGAGAGAGAAUCCCGGGCCAGAGGAUCCCCAGAGUUCCUCUCCAUGGCCAGGUCUUGCGGCCUUUCAUUGGCAUAACCAAUUUCCAGAAAGGAUCUCCGAGUUACCAGGGGAAGAGAUGGAGAGGAGAUCGAGAACUUUCUCCGGCCCGAGGCAGCAAUUCCGCCCCUCCCCCUCCCCCAUCUCCUCCCUAGCGCCCGCGGCCGCGAAGUCUCCAGCAUCAGCCUCCAUCUUCUCUUCGGGUUAGAAUAUUCCGGAGUCCCCGCCCCUCUUGGUUACUGGGGUAACCGCUGAGGGAAGGGGGAGAAGCAGAGAAGAGGUGGAGCAGGGGGCGGGACUUCCUGAGGGUGACGCGCCCACUCGGCUACAAAACUCGCCGGAUGCGACGCCGCGAGCGGAACUUUCCAGAAAACUCGGCGAGAAGCGGAGGGUAGCAGCUGCCGCUGCCUGAGCUCCGCGCCCAAGACCUCGCCCCCCUCCCCCCAUCUUCUCUUUCUUCCACUCGCUCCCCCAACAUCCCAACCGGCUCCUGGGCGGUCCCCUUUCACCCCACCCCGAACGUGGGCAUUUCGACACCCGGCGUACUGCGAGCGUUGCUCCCCGGCUAUAGAAAAUGGUGAAGGAAACAACUUAUUAUGAUGUUUUGGGAGUAAAACCCAAUGCCUCCCAGGAAGAACUAAAAAAGGCAUAUAGAAAACUAGCCUUGAAAUAUCACCCAGACAAGAAUCCAAAUGAAGGCGAAAAGUUCAAACAGAUUUCUCAAGCUUAUGAAGUGCUUUCUGAUGCAAAGAAGAGAGACUUAUAUGACAAAGGUGGAGAACAAGCCAUAAAAGAGGGUGGUUCUGGUGGUGGCUUUGGUUCUCCAAUGGAUAUCUUUGAUAUGUUUUUUGGAGGAGGUGGAAGAAUGCAAAGGGAACGUAGAGGUAAAAAUGUUGUUCAUCAGUUGUCGGUGACCUUAGAAGAUCUAUAUAAUGGUGCAACAAGAAAACUGGCUUUGCAAAAGAAUGUAAUUUGUGAUAAAUGUGAAGGACGGGGUGGUAAGAAAGGAGCUGUAGAAUGCUGUCCCAAUUGUAGAGGUACUGGAAUGCAAAUAAGAAUUCAUCAGAUAGGACCUGGAAUGGUUCAGCAAAUUCAAUCAGUUUGCAUGGAAUGCCAAGGGCAUGGGGAACGAAUCAGCCCUAAAGAUAGAUGUAAAAGCUGUAAUGGAAGGAAAAUUGUUCGAGAGAAAAAAAUUCUGGAGGUUCAUAUUGACAAGGGCAUGAAAGAUGGUCAGAAGAUAACAUUCCAUGGUGAAGGUGACCAGGAGCCAGGACUUGAGCCAGGAGAUAUUAUCAUUGUUUUGGAUCAGAAGGACAAUCCUAUAUUUACACGUCGGGGUGAGGACCUUUUCAUGUGUAUGGAUAUCCAGUUGGUUGAAGCAUUGUGUGGUUUUCAGAAACCAAUAUCAACUCUUGAUAGUAGAACUAUAGUCAUUACUUCUCAUCCUGGUCAGAUUGUCAAACAUGGAGAUAUCAAAUGUGUACUGAAUGAAGGCAUGCCUAUUUAUCGCCGACCUUAUGAGAAAGGAAUUCUCAUAAUUGAAUUUAAGGUAAACUUCCCAGAGAAUGGCUUUCUUUCAUCAGAUAAGCUAUCUUUAUUGGAAAAGUUACUGCCUGAAAGAAAGGAAGUGGAGGAGACUGAAGAAAUGGAUCAGGUAGAACUGGUGGACUUUGACCCAUCUCAAGAAAGAAGGCGCCAUUACAAUGGGGAAGCUUAUGAGGAUGAUGAGCAUCAUCCCAGAGGUGGUGUUCAGUGUCAAACCUCUUAAUGGGGGGCCAGUGAAUACUCUUCAUUGUAAUGCUGGCUUUUGUAUGCAAUAGUGAAUGAGUGAAGGACUACAAUCAUCUUACACACUCACUACUAGCUAUUGUUUUUGUUGUAAUAUUCAACUAUAGUUGUGUUUUGAAAAGUUAAUAAAAUCAGUAAUAUAAAAUGCUGACUUUGCAAUUUAUGAUGUUUAGUGUGCAAGAUAGUUUAACAUCGUUAAUUAUUUCCUUAUGGUAAAGAAACCUCAGAGCAUUUUUUUCAUGACUUGUACUUUUUUGUUUCAAUGUGUAUAUGCAGUGGCUUAGACUGAGGUUUGAUUCUUGAUUGACUAAAUGUACACACGCAUUUAUAAUUGUUAAGCUCUGAAAUUAAAAUUUUGUACUGAAUUCACCAUCAGAAAACUUUAAUAUGUUGAUGUUUUGUUCUGUAUGGUUGCUUGUCAUAUUGGGAUUUGUUGUGCUGCUUCUGCUUUUGCUGUAUUGCCUAGGUAUUGUCUGUAUUUAACAAAUAGUUCUGAGUACAUGUGGUAUACCAAGGGUCAGUUUAAACCCUAUUCUUUAGGAAAGUAUUUAAUUUGCAGUUUACUUAUAAAACCCCAAAUCUCUCCAGAUUUAGGGUUUGAGAAUAAUUUUCUUUCUGUUUUUGCCAUUAUGCUGUUAUUUUUUUUUAAAUGCUAAUCAAAACCAGCCCUACCUCUGACUCUCUAUUCACUGUAACAGGAAUCCUGAUAUUACUGUUGGGUGUUGCUUGGGGAACUAAACUGGGGAAGAAAGGGGUUACUCUUAAAUGUUGGUUGGAGAUGGGACUCUAUGUACAGUGAAUACAGGGUGAUAGCCAUCUAUUUAAUUUUGCUCUACUACGUUAACUAGUUUAAUGUUUUACCAGAUUACAAACAAAGGGUCCUUCCUGUAUAGUAAAUAUAGGAUGAGAGCCACUAAUUUUAAGUUUUAUUUUGUUAUACUUAGGCUAACUAGUUUAAUGUUUGUAGCUUGACCGUAUAAGCUGUAAAUGUUGGUUUGAAGGAUUUCUAUUGCCAUCAGCAAGAUCAUAUGAACAAUCUGUAAAUAGUAAAAACUAAGUUAUGUGGGCAUCUUUACAACAUACUGUAAUUGCAUAACAUUCUCAAUUAGCGGAUCUUUCAGGAGAAACCUGGUUGGCAAAUAAAAGUUUAUUUAGGAUGAUAUGUAGAUACUUAAUAUUGGGCCUGUACAAGUAAGAAAACUCCAAAAGUACACAGAACUUUACAUUCAACUGCUUAUUAAGAAUGAAGAGUUAAACUACAAUAAAUAUAAACAAUAACUUAAGCAAGAGAAA